AUGGCAUCUGAGGAUCAGCAGCCGGCGAGCGGCGGAUUCUUCUCGGCGAUCACGUCGAGUGUACGUAAUUGGGGAAACGCGGUGCACAAAUCGGUAAACGGGUAAAGAAGACUGACCGCGUUUCCAAACUUACCCUGCCUAUGUUAUUUGUGGUCUCCAUCUUCUGUAAAGUUUCGGCAAUGCGAGGAAUUUUUUUACCAUCGUAUAUGUUUAGCUGUUUUGCCUCGAGUUUCCUUUCGUUCUUCUAGGAGAACAGAGGUAUUUGUUCGGUUAAUGGCCCGGAAUUGACUGACUUCCAUAUUUGCCCCUGACAACGUCGAGUUCAAGGCAUUGGGUCGAAAUUGUGUAGUGGACGCUAAUAACGUGGUAUUAAGGUCACGUGGAUGAUACGCUUCAGAGGUUGGCGAACAUUGGCGACCAACGUGUGAUCCUAGAUGGUCGAGUUCAGUAUCAGAAUUUCAGUGAGGGAUUGUAGUCGAUGAAAGGUGUUUCAUCUGUGAGUGUUAAAACCGGGAUUUUUACCUGAUUAUUCUUCUAAAAUUGUUGGAAUCAUUUCACAAGAAUCACGCAGCCUCUCUACUUCUUGCUUUGACGAUUUCAUCCAUAGUCUCUCCCGCGCAAACCCUCAUUCCAGACAAUUGCUAUUGGAGCUAAACAUGUGACGUGGUCUAUAUAACCCUCUACACAUGUUCCACCGUAACGUGAUUAUUGCUUUGAUCAUUUAAAAAUGUGUCCUGUGAUCGAUUUUUUAGCCUUGUUUCUACAGAGUCUAAGAUAAUAUAAUUUAGCAUGCACAAAAGGACCACUGUAGUUUCACAUAUGCUUCAGUUAAAGCUCGAGCUCCUAGCAACAUACAUUUUCAGUUUGUUUGGAACAAGUGGAUCACACUCUUUCCUCGGUAUCUUGGCGUCAUUACCCUUCCUCCUUAAUAUUUUUGGCCGGCAUCCAUCUCUGUUCUUGCGCUGACAUAAAUCUCAAUUUCUCUUUACGUGUUCUGGGCCUGUUGUUUGAACAGCGAGGAUUAUUCCCCGAACUGAGAGCAGUGCAUUGUUUUUCUUCGUAUGACUUCUCACGCGAUGUCAAAGAUUUCUCAGUUGGUGAAGCCUCACUCCACUAACUAAAAAACCGGAAACUCGACAUAUCGUAUGUGAUACAAGUCCUGGUUUCCUUUGUUGGAGCCUUGCCUUGUGUCGGUGAGCAACCAACUGUCCUAGCUUCAUACGUGUGUGUUUUUGGCCCCAAACCACUAGCUAAUUCUGUUUCCUUAUGCUAAAUUAGCUGUAUUUUAAGGAAAACUUCCUGGACGUUUCCCAUUGCAUGUUUUAAUCAGUUUUGUUGUCUUUAACAUACGUCCAGACUUUUGGGAUACGAGGGAUUGGAGGUUAUAAAUCCAGAGGGAGGCACAGAAGAUGCGGAAGAGGAAGCUCAUAGGGGCAGAUGGAAGGAAGAGGUUUUUUUUCUAACUUAAUCCUUGUGAUCAAUAACAACUAUCGUGUGGUCAGGUUUCGUAUUCACCACGGAAUGUCAUGCAUAAAGUGGUCCACACAGUGGAAUUAGUUUAUAAUGAGCACAUGCAAAAGUUUUUGAGUUAUCACCAAUUUAAUAAUAUUAGUCAUCAUUGCAAGGUAAUAUACUUUAUUUACUGUACUCAAUAAUCUGUGAAAUUAUUUCGCACUUCUGAGAGGUUCAUAUCUUCAUUUUAUUUUUUUUCUUUGGUUGCUCAGAACUGAACAAUCAACUAAGAGCGAGGAUUUCGUUUUAACAGGAGAGAAAUGGACAGUACACUCUGGACCUUCAUAAUAGGAAAUCCAUAUAACCGGAUAAGACAUGACAUGACAACUCGGGAACAAGAGAGGGAAGAGAGCAAUGAAAAGAGUGAAAUAUCAGGACAGGAGAGAAGGACGGGAGAAGAAUAGAACUUCAUCGUUUGUCCUCGCUACCUUUUCCCUUGUUCAGCCUCUAUCAUUUAAAAUGACAUAUUUUUCGAGAGGAUUCCUCAAAUAAUGUCCUCCAUCAUAGAACAAGAAAGUAUAGCUUUUGAAACGUUUAUUCAAAAAUUACUCUCCACUAUGUCGUCAUGUAAGUCCGCUUUCAUGUACAUAAGUGCGAAUGGUACUCUUUAACUAUGACAACUAUACCUCUUUAUUAACCUUUUCUUGUAGAACUUUACAAGUGCAAAAAUUCUUCAUGCAGUAUUGUGAGAUGAAUGUAUAGAUAUGCAUGGCCAUUUUAUUAUGUGUUUCGAUUCUUUUCCGAGUUUUUUGAAGUAUCAGUGGUACAGAUAUGUUAACCUGAUAUAUUAAGCAAAGGAGGAGAUGCAUGAUUUGGGAGACUUGUCCCAUCUAUCCAUUCUUUUCUGUUUUUUCUUGACUAUCCCAUUCUCUCCACUUACUCAGCAAAUAUAAUAAAUAGUUUCUCCUCUAUCCAUGACAGUCUCGUGUAGUGUUGGCUAUCUCUGACGUUUAAACGAAAAGUAGCCCUCUUUUUAUAUUUUUUUCCCAUGUUUACUCUUCCCGUGUUCAUCGUUAUUUUCACGUCCAACUUUGUUUCUUUAGUAAUUGGAGUUUUCACUAUUUUUUUUAUUUUCACGAUUAGCUCUCUAUUCAUACAUAAUUCGUUAUUUUGCAGGACCGUGAUGGUUACUGGAAGAUGAUGCAUAAAUACGUAGGAUCUGAUGUCACAUCAAUGGUGACCCUUCCGGUUAUAAUUUUUGAGCCGAUGACUAUGCUUCAGAAAAUGGCGGAGGUCUGCUUUUCCCUAGGAGACAGAGUUAAAGAGAUUAAAACGAGGGAUCAUUUUAUAGUCCUUUUUCCAUCUUCAGUGAAGGGUUUGAUAUUGACGUUAAUUUGAUCACAUGACUUCUUAAGUUGAAUUAUCAGCAGAAUCGCUUGGUUCCUUUAUGAUCCAGAAAUUUAAAAAUCGUUAUUGCACUAUAAUUUCUGCAUAUAAAUAUAAUGGCUAUAUUUAAAGGGACCAUCAUGGUCUUUUAUUUUUAUAACAUCGCUUGUGAGAAUGCCUUUGGUUAAUCAUUGAAUAUGGUUAAACAAAGUUUUCCAAAGUGAACAUUAAUUUUUGAAAUACUAGUUCGUUUUGUAAACCAUCUUCGUUUGUGAUUAUUUAAAAAAAAAAAUGUUUGUGAUAAUGUUACAGGACUAAACGCUAGCCACUUUAUGACCGCCAUCAGACCUUGCUGAAUGUUUUGUGCUUGUUGCAGUUAAUGGAAUAUUGUCAUUUGCUCGAUCUGGCAGAUGAAUGUGAGGAUCCUUACCUGCGGUUGGUUUAUGCCUGUAAGUGAGCAUUUACCUUUGAUUCAUAUACCGUGUCAUGAGCACAGAUGGUUUAAAUGAUCACCGAUUGUAUUCUUCUCAGCUUCCUGGGCAGUAUCUGUCUACUUUGCCUAUCAGCGGACGUGGAAGCCUUUUAAUCCCAUUCUGGGUGAGACAUACGAGAUGGUUAAUCAUAGAGGGAUCACGUUCAUUUCAGAACAGGUUUCAUCACUUUAAGCCAGCUCUCCUCUUUUGUUCAGAUUUCUCACUUUAUCCCCGAUUUUUAGUCUUCCGCAUAAAUGCUUGAUUUUCAGUCACCUUGGCAUGUAACUAAUUUAUUUUUUUUCUCUUCAAAUAUUACUUCUGCUAGAGCUCAAAUUUCAUCUCAUGUUUCUACUUUCAGGUUAGCCAUCACCCUCCAAUGAGUGCGGGGCAUGCCGAGAAUGAACAUUUCACUUAUGACGUCACUUCGAAGUUAAAAACAAAGUUUUUAGGAAAUUCUGUGGAUGUGUAUCCUGUUGGUCGGUGAGUUAUAUUCUGUACAUUCUUGUCUUUGCCGAAAGUAUCGGAACCUCUCUUAUCUUACUCUGACGCCAUUUAAUGCUAUACGUUUUCUUACAAACUUGGAUAGUACUUAGUGAAAAUAAUAAUGCCUGAAAAUGUUGAUAUUUAUUUAGUGAACGUUAAUGAUGAUCUAUUUUUCUUCUUCUCUAUGCCAAAGUUAUGUAAUGCAGACAUUGCCAUAUAAACACAAGCAAGUCUGGCUUAAUAAAGGCUAUGCGGACCUGAUAAAAACCUAAUUAAGUGAUAUUAAUAUAUCUGAAGACAAGCCUUCCAUGAUUUGUGUACUGUGCACAUACCCACAUUUCUGUAACAUCUGACAAUCAAGGAUUGUCCUCCAUCUGAGGUGCGCCUGACCAGGUAUCGUUGGAUACGCCAUCGGAGUAGUAGGGUUUUUGUCCAGGGCGACAUUCUUAUUAAUCGUGCCUUUUUAGAUUAUUCUUUUUCGUGAUACCAUCAUCAUUGUACACAGAAGCACUUUAAUUGAUAUUUUAUUGGCCGUGAGAGAACCUUUUACUUGUUAUUGAGAUGCAAUAUCUAGAGCCAAAGAUGAUGGUGAAUUACAUUAUUUUUAUUUGAGAUAAGAAACAGAAAAUUUAUGUUUUAAAAUCUAUGAUACAUACAGCUUUUCGUCACUUGCCUCUUGAUAAACUAUCAGCAUCAUCAUCAUCAUCAUCAUCAUCGAUCUGUAUUCGUCACGAGUAAAUGAAAUCCUUAGUUUCUUUGAUGCUCAUUUGUUGCUUUGAUCCAUGAUGUUGGUUGCUUACUCUUAUUCUUUAAACUGAACAAGUACCUCUGAAUUUUUUUUGUUGCUAUUCAGGACUAGAGUUACUCUCAAAAGAGAUGGCGUCGUUUUAGAUUUGGUUCCUCCUCCGACCAAAGUCAACAACCUUAUAUUCGGAAGGACGUGGGUUGACUCCCCUGGGGAGAUGAUCAUGACGAACCUGACAACUGGGGACAAAGUCGUCUUAUACUUCCAACCCUGCGGAUGGUUUGGGUAAAGAUUGCUUCUAAAGCCAAGCAGUCUUCAAUUUACUGGAACUCAUCAAACAUUUAUAUUCUGCAAGCUAUGAUCAAUAUUUUCUUUCAUAUAACUCUGCAUUGCUUCCUGGAUUCUACAUCUUAGAAGCCUCCUUUGGGGACAUGGAUUGAAUCAUCUGCUUCGCUUUGAUGUUUCUAUUUUAAAACGUUAUAAAUUGACUUAGAGUUUCCCAUUUAUCCUCCUUUCAGAGCUGGUCGAUAUGAAGUCGAUGGAUUUGUGUACAAUGCAGAAGAGGAACCCAAGAUUCUAAUGACCGGAAAAUGGAACGAAUCCUUGAGCUACCAACCGUGUGAUAUGGAAGGGGAGCCAAUUCCAGGCACUGAGAUGAAAGAGGUUCAUUUCUCAAUCAUGGAUACUUGCCAACCCUUUGCCAGUCUGAUCAUCCACCUUCUUCCUCGGUCAAGUCUUUCCGUUGACUUGACCCAACACAAAAGGGCAGGGAGAAACAGGCACAGCUGGGAGCUGACCUUCGAUCUCCCUCGGUUUUAUUCUAUUUAUGGGAACAUGAGCCCGAAAUCAUAUCUUUAGUGCCUGUUCUGUGGCGAACAACAGCCAAUAAAAGGAAAAAAAAUAAAUCCUCUUCCCCUAAUCCCCCUCUUCGAUUCCAGGUCUGGAGGGUCGCCCCUGUUCCAGAGAACGACAAGUUUCAGUACACCCAUUUUGCUCAUAAAGUCAACAGCUUCAACACAGCUCCUAAGAAGCUACUGGCAUCAGAUUCCCGUCUUCGGCCCGAUCGGUACGCCCUUGAAAAGGGCGAUAUGAGCAAAGCCGGCGCCGAAAAAUCCAGGUACUAUUUCUCCCUCUUCCCCAACUAAUCCCCUCUUCUCCCGAUAAUCUCAAUCUAUGCUGAGAAGAUCACCAAAGUAAAAUUUAUUUAUUUAUUUAUUUAUGUAUUUAUUUAUGUAUGUAUGUAUGUAUGUAUUUAUUUAUUUAUUUAUUUAUUUAUUGCAGUCUGGAGGAGAGGCAGAGGGCGGAGAAGAAGAACCGUGAAAGCCAGGGGCAUCAGUUCAGUCCCAGGUGGUUCGACAUGACCGAGGAGGUCACAGCGACGCCUUGGGGAGAACUGGAGAUAUACCAGUUUAACGGCAAGUACAGCGCCCACAGGGCCGCCAUCGACGGCUCCGACUCCAUCGAGCAGCCCGACAUAACCUCCAUCGAGUUCAAUCCAUGGCAGUACGCCGACCUUCAGGCCAAAUGA